UUGUCGCCAAUGCCCAAGCAUAGCGUGGAAUUUUGUGUUUUGGUAUCAAUUUUAUGUUUGUAAUCAUUUAAAUUAGGGAAUAUAAUAUAUUUAAUAAAAAUGUCACGUGAUUUUGCACGUAAAACAUAUUAUAGUCGGGAACGAGAGAGAGAUCGGGAUCGGGAUCGCGAUCGCGAUUGGAACCGUCAUGAUUAUCGUUUUGAAAAACGCCGACGAUCCUUGUCGAGGAAGCAUAGCCGCAGUCCGCCCCCACGAGAUCCCAGGGACGUUGAUAAACGGAGAAGUCGUUCGCCGAGGAAGAGUGACAAAGACUUGCUCGACGAAAAUAUACUUAGUGAGAUAUCCAAAUUGCCAGAGCCGAGUGAAUUAUGGGAUAAUCAGUUGCAAGAAGGAGGAUUCUCCGGACCUCCGCCACAGGCAUUCUUACAAGAAGGAAACAGUUAUGCCAGCAAUUAUCAGCCAUCAUAUUCAGGAAUAUAUGAUGAUUUUCCACCUGUGGCUUCAAUGCCAACAGCUCCCCAUCCUCCGGAAGUGGCAUCUUGGAACCAAAUGUCACUGCCACCACCACCAGCUCCUCCAGUAUAUAAUGUUGAAGAUCAGAUUAAAAAAGAAGCGGCCAUAGAGACCGAAAUGCGUCAUCAGAAAGCCGCUCUGUCGAAGCAACGCGAGGAUUACAUAAAGAAGGCUGGAAUUCUCAAAAAGGAACUCGACACGUUGAAGGACCAACGGAGCGAACUGCGCGGGGACUCCAAGCGCUCCCCGAGCCCCGACACGAAAAGAUUUCUCAAAGAGAACACCAAACUCCAGUUGGAGAUCCAGAACAAACUGAAGACUAUCAACAACGUCGUGGAUAUGUUGAACGGAAUCAUCGGCGAGGAGGCUCAGGAGAUACACGACUCGGACGAGUCCGCUGAUCGCGGAUCCAAACGCAAGUCGAGGUCUCCGUCGGGCAAGAAGUUCAACUACGUGUACUACGACCCGGAGAUGCACUGGUGUCGCGUGUGCAACGAGUUCCCGCCGACCGCCAAGGAGUACCUCAACCAUCUGCACUCGCCCGCACAUCACAAGAUGGCUGCGGCGCACAUGGAGGCUCCUUGGCACUCCGUCUCGGGCGUCAACGAGGGCUUCCCCAGCUUCCCCGCAGCCCCCACCAAGCGGACACCCAUCAGAGGCCUGCAGUUCUUCGUGCCGUCGACGGCGUGGUACUGCAAGCUGUGCGACCAGUUCAUCGGAGACCUGCACUGCGCCUCCGCCCACCUCAAGUCCGUCACGCACUCCAAGAACUACACCAACUUCGUGGAGCAAAAUCCGCACUGGGAGACGGACUGGAUGUCGGACCGGCAGAAGGCCUUCGAGAAGGCCCGCGGGGCGAAGGGCAAGGCGGAGGAGGCCCCGCAGUACGCCGCGCACACCAUCACCUUCAGCAAGGACGGCUUCACCACGCGCAAGCUGUCGCCGCGCAGCAAGAGCAAGAAGAGCAAGCGCAAGCGCAGCUCCAGCAGCGACUCCUCCAGCUCCGACAGCGAGCCCAAGAAGAAGAAGAAGAGUAAGAAAUCAAAGUCCAAGUAUGACUCGGACGACAAGUUAAGCGAAUGGAUGUCUUCCAUACAAGUUGAGCGUCUCAACGACAACGAUCGGAAGCUGCUCGAUAAUAUUAAAACGAGGAUCACUCUCGACAAGCUGCAGAGCGCGCACCGCUCCGAGCCGCGCCGCGACCGCGAGCAGGAGCGCCGCGAAUCGCGCUCGCGCGACGAGCGCCGCGAAGAGUCGCGCCGGCGGGAGGAGCGCCGGGAGGAACGGCGGGAUGAGCGGCGAGAGGAACGGCGAGAGGAGGACCGGGACUCGGAGCGCCGGAGCCCGCCGCGGCAGGAGUCCAAGAAACCGGAUAUUCGCAAGAUGCCGUUCAUCGGUAAAAUGCCCGUUUACAAGAACUUGAGUAAAAAUUCAAAGGUCGAUGAAGUGAAGAAAGAGGAACAAAAGAAAAAAGAAGACGAGGAGGUAUCGAAGAAGAGACGAGAAGAGAUGGACGCGGAGAUACAAAAAAAGGUGGCGGAGUUCAAGGAGAAGAUAGCGAAGGCGCAGCUGGAGCGGCAGCAGGUGGAGCUGGCGCCGCCCAUGCUGCUGCCGGGCCUGCCGCUGCAGCACGCCUUCAUGCCGCCGCACGCGCCGCCCGCGCAGCCGCCGCCGCCAGCGACGACCGCCCCGCCGCCCACGCUGCCGAAAGAUUUCCAGGACGCGCUGGACAUAAUCUUUCCGUCGGAGGUAAAGUCCGCCGAGAUGGCACAGCAGGAGCUCUUCCCCGGGCUGCCCGGUCUGGCACCCCCGGGUUUCCCCCCGGGAUUGAGCCUGGGGGGCGUCAUGCCCUCCUUCCCCCAGCUCAGUAUCCUCGGCCAGCCGCCCCCCCAUAUGAUGAUGGGUUUCGACAUGAACUCGCCGCUGUUCCAGCCUCGUCCGCAGCUGUACGACACGCACGUCCCGAUAGUGCCGAGUCCGAAGCAGAGGCAGAAUAAUAAAAACAGGCAGAAUCAAAACAAAAGUAACCAGGACAAAAAGAAUGACAAUCAGGGUAAGAAUACGGCCACGGUCAAUGUGACUUUAACCUCCAAUCAAGCCGAGAACCAGAACACUGCGACGACUCCGACUACGCUGACUAGAAUGCCCACACCCACGGUGUCCACCAAGAACAAGGAGGAACUGGACGACCUGGCCAUGCUCGGCAUAGAUGCAGAUGAUGUUGGCGCUGGAAUGUAAAAGAAGAACAUUUUGUUUACGAUAUAAACUUUAUUACAAUUAGUAAUAGAACAUAAUGAUUGAUUUAUUUUUGUAUUUAAUAAUAUUGGACUCAAAAUAUCACUGGUCAUACUCCAGUCUUAGUCUAUCAAGUAGCCAUUGACAUUAGAAAUCUAUAUUGUAUUUAACAGACCGUAUUGAGCUUUUAUUUUUAAGAUAGAAUAAGAUUAAAUUAAUAUCUGUUUCAAUUAUUAAAUAAAGUAUUGCUGGAUAAUUGAAAAUGCUCCAUUUUUAACAUAUUCCUAUACAAUUUU